AUGAAUUGCCCAUUAGAUAACACUCAUUGUUUUAUAUCUAAUUCAAUGCCUUUCCAAUUUCUUUCACUUCAUUUACCAAAAAGUGUUAUUUACAUUCCAUCAGUAGGAAUAAUGUUUGACUUAAUCCCAACAGCAUUAACAUUAUUAGAAAGUUAUAAUAUUGAAUUAAUAAAUCAUAAUUUAACUCAAUUAGUUGAUGAUUUAGUUGUAUUAUCUUUAAUAACUGAAAAUGAUGUGAUUCCACAAGAAGGAGAGAUUUCAUUAGAUGGGUUAUUACGAGAAUAUCAAAGAGAAAUUAAGACACAAGCAAUAAGUUCCAAUGGAACAAUAUCAAAACAGUUCAUAGGAAAAAUUUUAUUAAGUACAUUUCAACAUCAAAUUGAAGACAUAAAAAAGAAAGAAGUAGAAAGAGGUAGAAGAUUAAUUGGAAAUGUAGAACAUGAAAUUGAUCAACUUAAUUAUCAAAAUGAUCAAGUAGCAAAAAAAUUAAGAAAAGAUUUAAUAACAAUUCGAGGAAGAAGUAAAAAUGCACAUACAGCACAAUAUGUUAAAUGUUUAAAUACUAUUGCUUCACAAAAAGAUGUUGAAUAUGUUUGUCAAAUGUAUUGGAAAGGAAUAGAGUGGUGUUGUAUUUCAACUUUUAGAGGAAUUCCUGAUUGGGAUUGGUUUUAUCAAUUUAAUGCACCACCAGAAAUAACUGAUUUAAUUCAACCUUGCUCAUCUAAUUCAUUUAGUUUAGGAAGGCCAAUACAUCCUUUAAUAUACCAGAUAUUAAUUAGUUCAUGUAAAUCAAAACUCCCAAAUGGAUUAGAGUGGUUAAACACAAGUCAAUCAGAAUUUUAUGAAUAUUUUCGUAAUCCACAACAAAUGGAUAUUCUUCAAAUCAUUAAAAUUAUUACAGAAUCAAAACUUUUUCAAGACUUAAACAGUAUUCAUUGGGGAUGGCAUGAGUUAUGGUCAACAAAACAAUAUGUUAAAGGAACUCUUAUUCCUAAUGAAUGUGAUACUUCACAACCAUCUCAAAUAGACAUCAUUGUUAAAGGUUCUUUUCUUUCAUAUAAAAAUAAAAACAUUGUAGAAGGAAAUAUUAUUCAAUGUUUUAAUAAAAAACAUCAAGAAGAUAAAGAGUUACCUUUUAAAUAUGGAUUUAUAGAACCUUGGUAUUCAAAAAAUUUUAUUUUUGAAAGUUGUUCUAUUGAAGCUCCACAAAGAAUAUUACAAUUUGAUUAUAAUGAACGAAAAAGAAAACAUGAAGAAAUAAAAGAACCUAUUAUUCCACCAUUUACUUAUUAA